AUGUCUAAAAAGAUUAUUGGACGCGCAUGUAUAGAUUUACCUCUGUUACAGACAUUAGUGGUGGAAAUUGAAGCUAACCUUAACAAUAGACCGCUUACCUAUAUAUCGUCGGACAUUGCCGAUCCAGAGCCGCUUACCCCGUCGCAUCUAUUGUAUGAAAGACAAAUUAAAUCUUUCCCGUAUCCGUUAUAUACAGAUGAAACAGACAGUUAUAGUGCCGAUUUAACAACCAAUCACGAAACUAUGAAUGAUCAAGCGAAAAGGAGAUUCCGUCUAAUUGAACAAUUUUUAGCAAGAUGGAAACACGAGUAUUUGACCUCCUUACGUGAAUUUCACCGAGUGUCUGGAAAUAACAAUCAAAGUGUAAAACAAGGAGAUGUAGUCCAGAUAUAUGAUGAUAAUUCUCCACGUACGACGUGGAAACUCGGUGUAAUUGAAGAACUUACCUACGGAAACGAUAACCUUGUGCGAUCUGCGACGGUCCGAACAUCUAACUCUAAACUAAACAGACCAAUUGUCAAGUUAUAUCCUUUGAAGAUUUGUGAAUCCGACUCAAUUACUACACAGACGCAUAGAUAUCAGCGAAGAGCCAAGACAGAUGCCGUAGAGAAAAUCAGAGAGUGUUUAAAGUGA